AUUUUAAAAAACCUAUUUGUUAUUGGCCGCGUCAUAAAUUAAACGAUAUCGAUAAACCCUAAUAAAGCCCUACACAUCGUUUCUCUCUUUUUAACUCUGGCAGCCAUGGAUAUGGAGACAGACCAGAACGUGAAGAGAGUGCAGGUUAGGUUCGUAACUCAGUUGGAUGACCAAUUUAAAGUUCCUACCAACGCCAUUGCCAUUCCUUCAGACCUCACUCGCUUAGGUCUUUCUUCUAUUGUCAAUAAUCUUCUCAAAGCCGUUGAUUCUGAUUGGGAACCUGAACCAUUUGAUUUUCUGAUUGAUGGCGAGUUGGUUCGAAUGUCCCUUGAAGAGUUUCUUCUUGCUAAGGGCAUUUCAGCGGAAAAAGUUGUGGAAAUAGAAUACAUUAAGGCUAUUGUCCCUCGCAAACAAGAAGAGCCAUGUUUGCAUGAAGACUGGGUUAGCGCCGUUGAUGGCUCUGAUCCCGGGUUUAUUUUGACUGGAUGUUAUGAUGGUUUCGGAAGAAUAUGGAAGGCUGCUGAGACAUGUACACAUAUGUUACAAGGUCAUAGUGGUGCCCUCACCUCUCUUUGUAUCAUCAAUGAUAAGGGUUCUAAUGAUGACAACACCAGGCGUGUGGUCACUGCUUCAAAGGAUCGAACGCUGAGGCUUUGGAAGUUUGACGUGCAGGGUUCCAUGAAUCAUCCAGUUACAAUUAAUGCUUCUAAAGUCUUACGAGGACAUAGUGCUGCCGUCGAAUGCGUCUCGUGCCAGCCAUAUGGAAACAUGAUUUGUUCAGGUUCCUGGGAUUCCACUAUUAAUCUGUGGCAAACCAAUCAUUCCGAAGCUGAUGGUGAUAUCACAACUACUAAAAAAAGAAAAACAAGUGGUGUUUUAAAUGAGUCACAAUCAGAGGGUGAAGCUGUAUCUACGUUGGUGGGACACACUAACUGUGUUUCUUCUGUACUCUGGUCUCAAGAUGAAACUAUAUAUUCUGCUUCGUGGGACUUUUCUAUCCGAACUUGGGAUGUUGAAACAGGGAACGCUACAUGGAUCAUGAACUGUGGUAAGGCUCUUAACUGCAUUGAUGUUGGAGGAGAGAGCUCGGCGCUAAUAUCAGCUGGUGCAUCCGAUGGCACAUUAAGGAUUUGGGAUCCUCGUAGACCAGGGACACUGGCUCCUUUGUAUCAGUUUUCAUCACAUACGAAUUGGAUCUCUGCUUGUAAAUGGCACAAGGAAUCUUGGUUCCAUCUAGUGUCUGCGUCAUAUGAUGGGAAAGUAAUGCUAUGGGAUCUGAGGACAGCGUGGCCUCUAUCGGUGAUUGAUUCACAUAGUGACAAGGUGUUGUGUGUUGAUUGGUGGAAAGGUGAUAGUGUUAUCAGUGGUGGAGCAGAUUCAAAAAUGUGUAUUGCAUCAGAAAUUUCUGUGAAGUAAAGCAGAUUGUUUACACUGUUUCCUCUGGUGUGAAGUCAAGAAGUUCAAGUACUCCUGAAACUGUUUCUUUACAUAAACACAGCAGCUCUGUUUCUGUCGGAUCUGAAAAUGCGAGCAAACGUGAUCCCCACUGCUCACUGUUAAGAGGAAACGAUUGUGGGUAUGAUGAUUUUGCUGAAGGCUAAUCACUUUCGGCUUAGUUUUGAUGUCAUAGGGUGCAGCUUCAAUCAAUACUUAAAUCGUUCCUGCUGAGGUUUUGUAUGCUUAGGAUUUCUAGUUUUCGUUACAAAACUCAUUUUUGUAUGCUUCUGAUUGUGAAGUAAAUCUGAGGCAUUGCAUUGCUAUAGUUUACUUAUGAGUAUAUCUGUUCUGUUGUAUGAAUUUAGACUUGGAGGCUGUCGGCUAACACACUGCUCGUCAGCCUUCCAAUGUCUAGGAAUUAAUUAUCAUUGUCCCAUGUUCGCCUUCGUAGAUCGCAGACUUUGAUCAUUUCAACAUUCCAAAUAUGCAAGUUUGGUACUUGAAUGCCUUUUAAAUAGGGGGAUGACUGAGUGACAACAUAAUUCUAUUAGAUUCAAAUAAAAACAAUAAUUUUAAAGCCUUAAUUUUAAAAGGCAAAAGCUAACGAAUGUAUAUUUUAAAUUUACUUUAACUAUUAAAAUGUCCCUUUCAAGGCUUAAAUCUCUACUUUAAAGCUUAAAAUUCCUACUCUAAGUCUUAAA